AUGCCAGUGCUGAUUUCACUCAUACCAGUGGUCCAGGCUCAAAUAAAACCGACUGUGAGAGUGAAUCCUCAGAGCUCCGUCUACACUGGAGACACCGUCACUCUGAGCUGUGAGCUGCAGCAGGGGACUGGAUGGGAGUUUCAAUGGUACAAAAAUAAUCAGUGGCUACGGAACAGUUACUCACUUAAAGUGACAGUCGAUAAUGCAGGAGAAACAGAGCACAAGUGUGCAGCAUACAGGAUAAACUACAACAACAACUACUACUACACAGAGUUCAGUGAUCCUGUCAAGAUUACAGUGAGAGUAAAACCCAAACUGACUGUGAGAGUGAAUCCUCAGAGCUCCGUCUACACUGGAGACACCGUCACUCUGAGAUGUGACCUGCAGCAGGGGACUGGAUGGAAGUUUUACUGGUACAAAAGUAAUCAGCUGUUACAGAAUCUGAACAGUGAACAAGUGAACACACUUAAAGUGACAGUCGAUAAUGCAGGAGAAACAGAGUACCGGUGUUGGGCACACAGGAUAAACUACAACUACUAUUACAUGACACAAUUCAGUGAACCUGUCGAGAUAACAGUGAGAGUGAGACCUAAACCAGUGGCAUCCAUGAAUCCCGAUAAUCAGGUGUUCAGUGGAGACACCGUCACUCUGAGAUGUGACAUACAGGAUGAAAGUGUCUCUAGCUGGCAGUACAGCUGGUAUAAAGAUACUUCACACAGUCCUGUCAGUAGUGAACAGGUGUACAGUAUCAGUGGUGUUGAAGUGACCCACACAGGUACAUACACCUGUAGAGGAACAGAGAGAGGAGGCUCACGCUCCUCACACUCCAGUGAUGUUAUUACACUGACUGUAUCAGAGAGACCACAGGCAGUACUGAGUGUAUCUCCACACAGCUGGCUGACUGAAGGAGACUCAGUGACUCUAAGCUGUGAGUUUACAGACUCCUCUACAGACUGGACAUUCAGCUGGUACACAGUUGUUCCCUACAGAGACGGAUUAACUGGAAUAAAUAAUAAUCGUGGCUAUAUUGUGUAUGUGGAGCUCCUCUCAGACAGCAGCAGAGGAUCUGGAGGCAAAUGCACUCUCAGUCCUGCUGCUCUUAAUCACACAGGAGUUUACAUGUGCAGAGGAGAGAGAGGAGAACCAGCCUUUUACACACAGUACAGCAAUCUACAGCCACUAUGGAUCACUGGUAAAUCUCCUCCAGUCUCUCUGAUCAUCAAUCCCAGCAGAACUCAACACUUUACUAAUGACUCUCUCUCACUGAGCUGUGAGGACCAGAGUAAGUCUACUGGAUGGACAGUGAGACGAUACACACACAGUGAGAGAGUGUUAGAUUGUUCACACUGGGGAUCAGUUACAGGAUCUACAUGUAACAUCAGCUUCCUCUCCACAUCCUACACUGGAGUUUACUGGUGUGUGUCUGAAUCUGGAGAAAACAGUAAUCCUGUCAACAUCACAGUGCAUGAUGGUGAUGUGAUCCUGGAGAGUCCUGUCCAUCCUGUGACUGAGGGACAUCCUCUGACUCUACGCUGUUUAUAUCACAACCCAAAUCCCUCAAACCUCCGAGCUGAUUUCUAUAAAGAUGGAUCAGUUCUCCAGAACCAGACUACAGGAGAGAUGAUCAUCCAAACUGUCUCAAAGUCAGAUGAAGGUUUCUACCACUGUGAACACCCAGAGAGAGGAGAGUCACUGAAAAGCUGGGUCUCAGUCAGACCUUCAGUUCCUUCAGGUGUAGAAGCUCCAUUCUCAGUGCUCAUGCUGAUCUGUAGUGUGGUGACGGCCUCUCCGUAUCUGCUGGUGACCAUCAUUCUGCUGCUCAUAUGUUACAGAGCUCGAGGUCACACUGAUGAAGACAGGAUUAAGAAUGCAGUUAUAGAGUGAGAAAAGUUAUAAAAAGUAAUCUAUAAAAAGAAUAAACAUUUACUGAAAAAGAUCAUUUCAGAAUUUCUUUUUCUUUAUGGUUUUGUAUGGAUUUUAAAAUAAUACUGAUUUGUCAUUUUAAUGUCCUGCUGAUAUUUUCUCAUCAUCUUUUAGACACCGUCAUUGUUCUGUAUGGAUUUGUUUAGUUAAAGCCUGCAAACCUCCUUAUGAGUGAAGGUCAAUGUGUGUGUAAUCUCCAAUAAAGCUUACAGUCUGUUAAAACAAUAGUAAAAACUGAGAAAUAUAUCUUUAAAAAAAGACAACGAUUUUGAAAACAAGAUUAAUUGCAAGCAUUGGGAGGAUGUAAAGACUAAUAGGUUUGUUUAGUGCAGGACUGAGAUUAACUCAAUAGUUAAACUUGUUUUGUAUUGUAUACAUACUAAGUUUAUUGACUGUUAUCUGAAAUAUGGUGCAGAACUAAUUGUGUUUUGUGUUUUUUCAGUAUUAGUUCUACCACUUCUGUAUUUCUGGGUUGAGAGAGUAAGAAGCUUAGAUCUAAAUCACACACUUUUAAGAGACAACUGUAACAUGAAAUUUGUUUCUUGCAUAUUAUACUGUAUUAAUAUUAAAUCCAGUUUGUUACUGUGAGAUCAUGCUACUAUCACCAGUAGCCAGCAGAGGGCAGCAGUGGUGCACAUAGUGACAGAAGGAGAACAAAUUGCAGAAUUCUCCAAGUUGAUUAAACUGGAUUGUGGAUGUGAUGACAUGUUUGUCAAAUUUGAAUAGUUAUUUCUAUUAUUUUUUUCUUGUAAUAUAUUAUUGAAAUUUCAGACAGACCAAAAGCAUUUCACUGUAUGUCAUACUGUGUUUGUAUAUGAGAAAUAAAAUUUGCGAAAGAAAAUGAAAACAUGAUCAAUGAAAUUACAAA